UCUGUGUCUUCGGUGAUCAGCCACGCCAGCAAUUCACGCAAGAGGAAGUUGAGGUGCUUCAGGGUUUGGCUGGUAUCGUCGUCAGGGAAAUGCAAGUCUGGAGAGACAAGCAAGAGAUACGGAUCCGCGAACGGAUUCAAAAAGCAACGGAGAAUUUCGCUGUCGAUUGCUUGGAGAAAGUGCCCUUUGAGGAAAGCAUUGAAUCUACAACUUUGCGCCUUUGUCAGCGUACAGCAAGCCUCGUCAAAGACACUCUUGAAGUAGAAGGUUCAAUCAUUCUUAGUACUUCCAGUUGUGGAACAUCAUCAGGAGAUUCCUCGUAUUGUUCAGCUCCAAGUACCGAUGAUGGAAUGGUUUUGUCCUCUGAUGACGAGCAGGAAACAUAUCAGACAACACUCAGCGAUUCUGGCCUUGGAUCUUCGGACUUCUCCCAAUGUGGUGCUAAUGAGUCCCCAGUUCUGAAAAUUCUUGGUGCUGCUAUGCGGCGGCGUUCGUCGGGCUUCACGAGAGCGGAAUUUUUGGCGGAGGUGCAAAUCAAGCGGGAUGGGGAGAUCUACGACGAGGCACAGAUACCUGAUUGUUUACGUUCUGUCAUGCCUCUCGACACGAGAUACGCCAUGGCGGUCCCAGCCUUCGAUGCGGAUGGAAAACAGUUUGCGCUCUUCACGGCCUAUUCUACCUCGAAGACUCAACGAUUCCUCAAUGGGUAUGAACUCCAGUUUCUUCGAGAACUUGGCAUUAUCAUUAGCAAUGCCAUCCUUAAGCGUAUGACGGCUCUCGCAGAUCAAUCGAAAAGCAGGUUCAUCUCGAAUAUAUCUCAUGAGCUGCGAACUCCACUACAUGGCAUACUAGCCGCGGCGGAGCUUUUAUCCGAUGCCGAAUUAUCGGACGCACAGUCCGCCAUUUUGGGGACGGUCCAGGCUUGUGGUAAUUCCUUGGUGGAAACCGUGAGCCACGUUCUCGACUUCAGCAAAUUCACAAGGAGUGGGAGAUGGAACGUUGUCGACCUUCUACAACUUAUCGAAGAGACUGUCGAAAGUUCCUGGGUAGGAUCGGUGGCUCGUCGUUACGGGAGUUUCGACAUUGGCGACGCAUACUUCCCUCGGAACUAUGACAUGCCAGAUUUGCCGAAGAACGUGGAAGCCUUGAUCCGCGUGGAUCUACGUCCUGAUGCGUGGAUACUUAAGUGCGAAAAAGGAGGCAUCCGACGAAUCCUGAUCAACUUGCUCAGCAACAGUUUCAAGGAAGGAUACGUCCGAGUCACUUUGAAAGAGAUCGCUUCCGCCUGUGUUUUCCCCGGCCAUACUAUGCUGGAGCUUUCCGUGACCGAUACCGGAAAAGGCAUCGCUCCUGAUUAUCUUGAGAAUCACCUGUUCAAGCCUUUCUCGCAAGAAGACUCUGGUAUGGCUGGGGCGGGUCUUGGAUUAGCCAUCAUCAGAAACAUUGUCGAGUCAGAGAGUGUCAAGGGCAAGAUCGAAGUCAAGAGCAGCACAAUACCUGGAGCAUCCGGGACCGACAUUCGGAUCACAUUCAUGGCUGAGCGGCCGCCUCCUGACAGCCCGGUUGCGGAACGGAAAUUGUACAAUGCGCAACUUUCAUCCGCGCGAAUAUGCCUCUUGGGAUUUGAUGUGAAUCAGAAACGGCAACGCGCACUUUUAGAGGACUUGCUGCUCUAUCUUCAGGAUAUCUGGAAGGCCUCCGUCGUGGAUCGCAUCGAGGAGUCAAACGUCGUCAUUGUAAACGACGACGUCUCACUCUUCGGCUCCCUAUGUCAUGCUGAGAGUGUUAGAGUGCCUCUGAUCCUUCUUUCGACUACACGCCGUCUUGAUGUUUUAGCGGAGACGGCGCAAUCCCUGAAAGAGUCAGGGGGCCACUUCCGCCUGGUGCCACGUCCAAAAAGCGGGCCAUCAGGGACUGUAGGUUUGAGGGUUCUUGUCGUGGAGGACAAUCAUGUCAACCGGGCGCUUCUGACGCAGUGGCUGAGAAAAAAGCGUCACGCAUAUGACGAGGCUGAGAACGGACAAGAAGCCGUCAUCAAGUUCGAAGAGCGCGGCCCAAAUUACUAUGACGUGAUCCUCAUGGAUAUCUCCAUGCCCGUUCUUGACGGCAUCGGAUCAACGAAAGCAAUUAGAGCAUUAGAGGCUAAGUGGAGGCAGGAUGAGCCGACUACAAGUUCCCCCGAAUCACCCAGUUUAGCAAGCGACGGUAGCGAGACCGACUUCUUCCUGAGGUCAUCCUCUCUUGGCGUGUAUAUUCUCGUUCUUUCUGGGCUCACGACGCAGGACGACAAGCUUCGGGCAUUGGACGCUGGUGUCGAUGGAUACCUGGCGAAGCCCGUUUCGUUCAAGACACUCGCAACAAUUUUCGCCAAACUGUGAAUCAGUUCCUGCAUGUCCAGAAUCCUUCAGUCGCUAGGAAUAUACCUGUCCGUCAGACAAGACUCCAGUCCGUGUUAUCGUUGCUCCUGCUCUGAAGCCACCCGACUACUCCAGGCCUUCUGCUUCAACCAUCCGCUUUCUAUUUCACGUUGGGGUUUUCCUUUGGGUUUAGUUUUGCUUGCUGUGAAUUGUAUCACGUCAUUUUUCGUAUAUUCUGAAUGAGCAUCACUGUCUUGCCAA